AUGUUUUGUUUACAAUUUAUCAUUCGUUGGAUGUAUAGCGAUAUACAAAAUAAGAGUUUGCAUGCCAAAAAUCGUCGAAAUGCAAAGGAACUUCAUUUGAUGGAAAGUCAAUCAAAAUUAUGUGAUGAAAUCGAUGGCAACAAACCAGACUUGAUCAGGCGUAAGCACUCGUUGAUACAUCGGAUUAUUAUAGCUUGGGCAUAUUUUGAAGUUCUGUCUUUGGCAAUUAUUUUACUUUGUAAAAAACAAAGUGCCGAUGAAUUCCAAGAUAAUUUUUUAAAUGGAUUUUGCAUACAUGGUGAAUGCGAAAAUAAUCCAAUCGUCACCAAGAUCAUUGUGUAUAAAUUAUUUACGGCAUUUGUUUUGAUUAUUGGCAGUAAAACCAAAAUAAACUUAUUAAUGCUACCGUGGUUCUUCGUCAAUGUAUUGGGAAUCUUUCCAUUUUGGGAAAUUGUUUGCUCAGCAUUUUAUAAAUUUGAGGAUAUUAAAGAGAUUUUGAACAUUUUGAAACGAUUUACCUAGGAGUCGUUGGGUGGACCUGAAAAGAAUUUUAUAUGGGGUGCUCUUCCUCUUAAAUUUGUUUAUAAUCUGAAAGUCAUUUCACUUUUUUCUUGAAGUUAUUACAAAAAUUUGUGAAAUUUAUUUAUGGACGACGGCUACAUAAGUUUCCUUUAGUUUGUUAUUCACAUUUUACAAUUUAUUUGAUCGAGACUAAGGAGGUUAGUAUAGUUUGUUGGGACACCAAUUUUGGUUUGAUCAAAAUGAAACAAGAUAAUUUGUAUGAAAUUUUAAUAUUAAUUGAGUAUAACUUCGAUAAAUAAUUAUUUCCACAACUAAUAAAAUGAAA